AUGAACAUGGAGAGCGUAAAGGGCACUAUCCAAGAGAUAGAACGAAAUAUUAUCGCUUCCAAGAUGAAUUCUUGUGAAGAUGGAAAUUCUGCUGAAAUUAGUGCUGUAGUGAAUUCACUAAAAAAUACAGCAGGAAAAUGCACAAAAACUGGGACAACAAUUGUUGGUGUGAAAGGUGACACUUUUGUUAUUUUGGCUGCUGACACAAGAUCCACUAACGGCCCAAUAAUUGCAGACAAGAAUAUUAGCAAGAUCCAUUAUAUCUCUGAUAAUAUCAGUUGCUGUGGGGCAGGUACAGCUGCAGACACUAGAUUUACUACAAAAAUGGCAGAAUCUGCCUUAAAACGGUUUAACUUAAAGUAUAACAGGAUUCCUGCUCUGUCUUACUGUGUGAAUAUCCUGAAAAGGCAUCUUUUUUCAUACCAGGGCCACGUUUCAGCGAGUUUAAUUGUGGGAGGGGUUGACGAGACUGGGCCUGGUCUAUUUGGAGUGCACCCGCAUGGGAGUGUAGACACUCUUCCAUAUACUGCGCAGGGCUCUGGUUCUUAUGCUGCAAUUGGUGUCUUGGAGACUGAGUGGAAAAAAGGCAUGCAGGAGAGUGAGGCCGUGGAGCUGGCAUGCAAUGCAAUUGAAGCAGGCAUCAGAAAUGAUUUAUACUCUGGCUCUAAUAUUGAUAUAUGCAUUAUUCGCCAAAAUGAAACGGAAGUGUUCCAGAAGGAGCAUAGAAGAGGGUUUAAGGUGAUUGGGAAGAAGCAGCCAAGAGAGAUGAAGUACACUUAUCCCCGGGAAAGUAUAAAAAUAACAAAAGAAGAAGUGUUUGAUUUGAUAUCUGUUACAAAUGAGAUGGAGGUGGAGUACUAG